ACAAGGCCUAACCGUCGUCUUCCACCUCCCUCGUUUCCGUCUCCCUCUCUUCCGUUCGCCGCCGACGCCGCCGCAUCCGUCAUCUCCACACCGCGUGCUCUCGCUCCCUCUCUCCUUCCCUCCCUGCCUGUGACGACUGGGCGGGUUACCGCCGCCGCCGCCCUGCGUCAGGUGCCGUGGCCUUCGCUUAUCUCUUCACCGGCGAAGAGCGCCCACUAGGUUGUAGGAAUCCUACUGUUGAUUAAAUCACUAUCACAUCAUCAAAUAUGGAAGUUGAUGACGACGUGGAGGAGGAUGACAUAGAUUUUAACCCUUUCCUUAGGGAAGGAUCUCCGUCUGAGACCUCAUCAAACCUUACCUCAGAAGCAGAAUGUGAGGAGCAUAGUUCUGAAAAUCAACCAAGUAGUCAGACAUAUCUGCAGAAUACUGUAGUUAAUGAAAUUACAAGUGACAGUGCACUUCCUCAAAAUAGAUUGUCGUCUCAAGAUGUUGUCAACAAAAUAUGUCCAGAAGAAACAUCUACCCAGGUUAAUCUUGAGAAUGAUGAAGGUCACUUGAAUGGAUUGGAAAAAGAUGUUUUAGCAAGCGAAGCUGCUUGCUCUCAAACAGUGCAAAACCCUCAUCACCAAUCUCUCGAAAUUAGUGAGGAAGAUGCAAUUUGCAGAAGGACGAGGGCAAGAUACUCACUAGAAAACUAUUCACUUGAGGAAUUGGAGACCUUUCUCCAGGAAUCAGAUGACGAUAGUCGUCUGCAAAAUGUUGAUGAAGAAGAGGAAUACCGCAAGUUUCUUGCUGCUGUCCUGUCUGGUGUAGGCAAUGACACACUGGCAUUCCAGGGGGAGGAUAACCAAGAUGAAGAUGAUAAUGAUGCAGACUUUGAGCUCGAGAUUGAGGAGGCCCUAGAAAGUGAUGGUGAUGAAAAUGUUGAGAACUAUGAUGACACAAAUCAUAGAAAAGAGAGAGAUGGCUGUAGGCCUCAGACUAGGCAGAGGCGGCCAUUAACCGAGUUGUCUGGGGCCGGUAGCUAUCGUCAGGAAUCCAAUAAAACUCAUUUAAGACCAAUUGUGCCAUAUAUUCCAUCUGCAUUGGUGACUCCUGCACAUGCUUUUGGAUGGCAAUAUCCUACCCAGAACGCCCUUUUCCCUUCAUCCUUGAUUUCACUAACGCGUGCACCUUUAGCAUGUGGAUUUACUGAACAGCAACUCGGGCAACUACAUGUGUUGAUAUAUGAGCAUGUUCAGCUCCUUAUCCAAACAUUUUCCCUAUGUGUUCUUGAUUCAUCUAGACAAGAUGUGGCUAAUAAUGUCAAAAAGAUGAUAGUUGAGUUGGUUGGCGCUCGUGAUCAAGCACUGGCUAGGAGUGCUCCUCAACGGCAUAUCUUCUUUGAAUCCCAGCAUCUCUUAUCUAGUUUUGUUUCUUCUGAAAAUUCAAAAUGCGAAUGGAUUCCCUUAAUCAAGAGUCCGAUUGUAUCCAUCCUUGAUGUCGCACCGCUUGAGUUGGCCCUCGACUAUUUAAGUGAUGUCGCAACUGCUGUCGUGAAGUAUAGAAAAAGUCAUGUGGAUGGCACUGCUGACAAAACCCGCAGGAAAGAGUCCCUGUUUCCUUCACCAGUGAUUAUCAGUUGCAAAGAAGUGAAUAAUGUUUCUCAAGAUAGAUCAAAUAGUAUGCCUACAGCAUCAUCUCCUUCAUCUGGGCAGUUGAAGCAGAAGAAAUCAUUGGCUGCUACCCUGCUUGAGAAUAUUAAAAAGGAUACAGUUGCUCUUGUUCCUGCUGGCAUUGCAAGAUUAGCACAGAGAUUCUUUUCACUUUUCAAUUUUGCACUCUUUCCUCAUAAGCCACCCCCUUCAGCUAUGGCCAGUAGAGUGCUUUUCACUGAUGCAGAGGACAGAUUAUUAGCUCUAGGAAUUCUGGAAUAUAACAAUGACUGGGCAGCAAUACAAAAGCGCUUUCUUCCUUGUAAAUCAAAGCAUCAGAUAUUUGUGAGACAAAAGAAUCGUAGCUCCUCCAAAGCUCCUGAUAAUCCAGUUAAGGAUGUGCGUCAUAUGAAGACAUCUCCAUUGACAGUCGAGGAGAAAGAACGUAUCCAGGAGGGGCUGAGGAUAUUCAAAAACGACUGGACAUCAGUUUGGAGGUUUGUAGUGCCACAUAGAGAUCCUUCACUGCUCCAACGUCAAUGGAGAGUUGCAAGUGGAGUCCAGAAAUCUUACACUAAAAGUGAUGCUGAAAAAGAAAGAAGGCGAACAUAUGAAGCAAAGAGGAGAAAGCUUAGAGCAUCCAUACCCGACUCACACUAUGGACAAGAGGCUGAUAACAAUGCUUCUGAAGAUGUUGAAAAUGAUGAUGAUUCAUAUGUCAAUGAAGCAUUUUUGGAAGACACAGAUAGUAGGAGCAUGAACAUGAUGCCUUGUCAGCUGUCCUUGUCAAAACAUGCUGGAAAAAGCAUGAUGAUGCAGUCAGGCACAGGCGUCGAUGAAGAAUGUGGUGCUGCAUGUGGUUACAUUGAACCACAGAAAGGAAGUGGUGCGGAACCUGAUGUAACCACCUCAUAUAUACCUUUUAUGUACUGCCCCUCUGAUGGCCCAUCAUAUGUGAGAACACCUUCCGUUGCAGCUCCAGUGGUACCAUGUGGAUCUCUGGACCAACUGCCAGCUUCCAAAUUGCGUAAAGAGAAAGGUGGUUGUGUGGUCAAGUUGGCUCCAGAAUUGCCUCCAGUGAACCUUCCACCUUCUGUCCGUGUCCUAUCUCAGGUGGCAUUUCAUCCGAACGCAACACAUUUUCAUGGCACCUCGAAUCAUGCAGCAAAGAAUAUGUACCCUGUGCCACCUCUGGCCUUUACAGAAAGUGCUUAUAGACAGCUAAAUCUGUUCCCUGAUCACAGAGCUAAUUCUAGAUUGCAGCAGAAUGAGAUCUCUAGUGAUAAUGCUAUGGAGGAUGGUGCUGAGCAAGAUUUGCAGAUGCAUCCUUUACUGUUUCAGUAUUCUCGAGAUGUGGUUUCGUCAUAUAGUCACCCGGUUCAAAAUCUUAUUAAUCAGUCAAGAAAAUAUGAUCUUUUCCCCUUUGAGAAAGUUCGAGUUGAGAGAAGUAACAACCAGACUACAAGUUCCACCGAAAAUGGUACUGUAAAUGCUAACACUAUCGACUUCCAUCCUCUCUUGCAAAGAACAGAAGUUGAUGUGCAUAAUGAAAUAGCAGAACAUGAUAAUAACCUUGAUUACCAUCAGUCUGAUAAUAACAUGAGCGAAGUCCCUGUAGAUGACCAGUCAACAGCUGGGCAAGCAUCCACAAGCCCUUCUGAGAGGGAGACAAGUAUUGACUUGAACAUUCAUUUGUGUUCUCCAAUGGCCAUAAAAGAUACAAAUGACUUCAGAAGUAGUUUUAGCAGACCAAAUGUUCAAGUUGAUGUUUUUAGGAAGGACAAAUCAAGUAUUCCAGAGCUCGAGGUUGUAAAUUCCUAUUUUCAUCAUUGCAUUCAAGAACCUAAUGAAGAAUCAAUGCAAGGAAUUGUAAUGGAGCAAGAAGAAUUAAGUGAUUCCGAGGAAGAUAGCCAGCAUGUUGAGUUUGAAUGUGAGGAAAUGGAUGAUUCUGAAGAGGAGCAAGUUCAGGGUCCAGAAACGUCUCCAAUUCAAAAUAAGGGUAUCUCAGCAUCAGCUGUUUUUGGGGAAUUUCAUGUUAGUACUGACCAGAGUCAAAUCCAGCAAGGAUCUGUUCAAAAGGAUAAACAGGGUGCAAGUUCGAUUCAGAAAAUGCAAGUUCCUUCUCGUUCAGUGAGGGCUAAGCUGAAGCCGGAAACUGCAAAGCACACAGGAUCUAGGACAAGCCAACGUUCGUCCACUUCUCGCACAGCUGAAACUAACCGGAGCAAAACCAGAAGUUCUAAAGUGCCACAGGGACAGUCAAGUGCUGAACGCAAGCCCAAUGAUUCAAGAAGACCUCGAAAAACUCCAGCCCCAAGAUGAAGGCCAAUUUAGCAUUUUAUUCUUGUGCUGAAUGUGCCAUAGGCAGAAUGGCUCAGUUCAAUCUGUUCACUCCGUUGUUGAGUGCAUGCUAGAGAAAGCAACCAAGCAAACCUCUGUGGUCAUUUAGCUUGAAUUGUCAUGUGAAAAUAGCAGCGAGAGGAAUGUACCAAAUCUAUGGAUUUCUCCAGAUGGAUAGCAAGACUGAAGUGGUGACCUUGGUCCAGUAUCUGGAACGUAUGUUUACAGAUCAUCAAAUUGUUAGUGACUGAGAAAGCAUCCCAUGGAAUAAGGUUCGAAACAGCCAUGAGACAAAUUCCUCGGAUUGACUUCGGAGCUUUGUACCUUGACGUCCUCAAAGGUUAAUUGUAAUGCGCCUUGUAAUUUCAACCAAACAGGUUAGUUGCUGUAUAUGCGUUCAUCGUGUGUAGAGAGAUGUAUCCAGGCCUGAUACCUUGAUUUUUUUGUUUUUUUUUGUCUGUAUUAACCGUUGAUAGAGUCCAGUGAAUAGUAACAGCUUGACAUUGCUGGAGCCUCGAUGGAAUUAGACUACAUGUAUGGAUUGAUCCUACAUCCUAGGAGUAAGACAAAUUUUACAAUCUAACAUUCAAGAUUGUACUCCCUUUGUCUCAAAUUAGAUGUAUGCUAUGUUUAGAAUGAAGUAUCUCCUUGUGCAUUUUUCUCCU